GCAUUCAGGGGAGCGGUUUUGUAGUUUGGAAUGGGUGAAAAUGGAAAGCGCUUUAGUUCUCAUUGUGAUAACGGGGAUAUCAAGAACCAAAAGAGGCAACUGGAUAGAGAAAGAGACAGGGAUGACAAGGGUAAUGAUGAACUAAUAGUGUAUAGGAUUCGUUGUCUUGAUGGUGCUAUUGGGAACGUGAUUGGAAAGAGUGGAAACAUAAUUAACUCGAUCCGGCAAGAGACGAGAGCAAAGGUCAAUGUGUUGGCCCUGUUUCCUGGUGCUAGAGAUAAAAAGUUAUCACAAUUUAUUGCUAUUUUAAAGAGAAAGAGGAUGUUGAAGUUAAUGAUGAAUACAAUUAUAAGAGUUCUAUCCUGCUCAGGAUGCACUCCUCAAGGUAAAUGAGGCCCUUACAAAUGCCGUGGGUAUGGUCAAGGCUUUUGACAGGAAGAAUAACAACAAAAAUAAGGAGUUUCAAGAUUCUAGUUCCUUUUAGCUAGUCUGCUAAUAUUAUUGAGAAAUUUAGUACUACCAUUAAAAAGUUGAGAAAAAAGACAAUUUUAAAUGAAUAGAUUUAGAUAUUUCAUGUAGUUUAUUUACUAAGAUAAUUUUAAAUGAAUAGAAAUUUAGUACUGCCAUUAAGAAAUUGAGUCUUUUGGUGGACAAGAUUUCAGUUAUGGAGUUCUUGCUACAAGCAAACAUGGAGCUAAGACUCAAGGUUUUGAGCAAAGAAGUCAGUCUUUGGUAUGUAUGAUGGUCAGUUUUUUUUUUCUUUUUUUUUUUCCUCUGAAAAUUCAUUGCGUCUAAACUGUAGUUGCUGAACCUACAUAUUUUGCAUCGUCUACUUUGUUAAUAUGAGAUAUUUGACAUAUUUUUCUUCUAGCGAAUAUUUCACUACUUUUUACAUGUUUGUUUUUCACUAAAGCUAUGGAGGUUUUUCUUAUAGGAAUCCUCAUUUAACCAAAUAAUGGAUUUAGGGUGAGCUAAAAGUAUGUCUUGUAGUCAAGAAGGUUAUUUGAUUGUCCCGUGAAUUAUUGGUUAUUUCUUCAUUUCUUUCUAGUUUUGUUUUUCUUCUUUUUAGAUAUAGUGAACUACACUAAAGCAGUUUUACCAUGAAAGGAAGAAGAUCAAAGUCUGUUGCAUGGAAAGCAUCAAGAGGUUCCAGUUUUACCAUAGAGAAACCUUUUAAGAAUGAUGAAGACUCCAUGGAAGACCAUUUCGAUAGCUCUAGCUCACCCAAGACUUUGAACAAAUUCUCUCAGAACAACAGGAAGAACUCCAGUGCUAUCCAUCCAUCUAGCCUCACAACACCAAAUAAUGGAAGAGAGAGUGGUUUUGAACCAAGGGAAGUGAAAGUUGAUCCUUGGAAACCUUUGAAUUGUUUGGUGGAUGCUGCAAAUAGGAGCAAGUCUUCAAAAUUUACCUCACUAGGUUCUGCUUCUAAAUCAGAAGCUCAACUAUCCCAAGACAAUGAAUAGAAGCAAGUCUUCAAAAAUUUCUUUCCUUUCACCGCACUUUAUCGUGUUUUAUCUACCAUGUUAGACACAAAAUAUAUAUUGCAAAGUUAGAUUAAAAAAGGCUAGAAAAUUAUAAUUAGAUUAAGUAGUAUGACAAUUGUUGUAUGCAGGGUCAUGUUCUUUAUUUGCACAAUAAUAGAUAUAUAGCAUGUUUGCUCUACUUAUUUUAACU